AUGACAUCAAAAGGUAAUGCAGGUAAUCCACCAACACCAACACCAGCACCAGUAAAGAGUCAACCAUUAUGGCACAAUCUUGUAUCAGGUGGUAUUGCAGGUGUAAGUGAAAUCCUUGUUAUGUAUCCAUUAGAUGUUGUUAAGACAAGACAACAACUUCAAGUUGGUAAAGGUCAAUCAAUGAUGUCAUCACUCGUUACCAUGGUUAGACAUGAUGGUUUAAAAAUGUAUAGAGGUAUUGUUCCACCAAUCUUGGUCGAAGCUCCAAAAAGAGCCAUCAAAUUUGCUUCAAAUAAAUUUUAUGAAAAACAAAUUUUAUCAUAUUGUGGAAAUACAAAACCAACACAAAUGCAAGCAAUUGGAUCAGGUGUUUUAGCAGGUAUUACAGAAGCAUUUAUUGUUGUACCAUUCGAAUUAGUAAAGAUUAGAUUACAAGCAAAAGAGAAUGCAGGUAAAUAUACAAGUACAAUGGAUUGUGUUAACAAGACAUUCCGUGCUGAAGGUUUAUCAGGAUUCUUUAAAGGUUUAGAAAGUACUAUUUGGAGACAUGCCUGUUGGAAUGGUGGUUACUUUGGUUUAAUUCAUACCAUUAAAUCAGCAUUACCAAAACCAACCACUGAACAAGGUGUAUUAGUAAAUAAUUUCAUAGCUGGAGGUUUGGCUGGUACUUUUGGUACAAUGUUAAACACUCCCGCUGAUGUCGUCAAGAGUAGAAUUCAAAAUCAAGUUGGUGCUGGUAAAUAUAAUUGGUGUAUUCCUUCAAUUUUAACCGUUGCUAGAGAGGAAGGUUUCUCUGCCUUAUAUAAAGGUUUCUUACCAAAAGUUUUAAGAUUAGGUCCAGGUGGUGGUAUUUUAUUAGUUGUUAAUGAAUUCGUUAUGAAAUUAUUAGCUGGAAAAAAUUAA